UUAGUCAGUGCCGUCUAGUGACCAGGCGCGAGCACUAGGGGGAGCUACAGAAGCAGCUUCGGGUCUUGAAGCUUUUAAAACGCGCUUCUUCCUUUAUACUUUCCUUGGUCUGGACUCUGGAGGACUGGUAGUCACUUUCGGGUGGAGUAACAACAAAUAGGAGAUAUAUCAAGGAGUUUACAAUGAAGUAUUAUGAAGAAGUCCAAGAAACUGGGGACAAGCGACCUUGUGCUGGUAUUCGGGAAGAUUUGAAAGCUUGUCUCCUAGCCACUGAUUGUGUUAGAUUGCAUAGGAAAACUCCCAAAGAGUGUCUGCUAUCAAAUGACCCAUCUGUACCACAAGAGUGCCAUGCCCUUCGAACAACAUUCUUUGAAUGCAAGCGAUCACUGUUGGAUAAUCGGCAGAGGUUUCGGGGACGAAAGGGAUACUAAUCUUCUUAGCUUAAGCUCCAGCAUCUCCUGUACAUAGAUGUGUGAAAAUAAAAGGCCCACCAAG